CUCCUCCCACUUUAUCUUAAGAGUAAUAGUCUUCUUUCUUAGCACGACAAACAGCUAUUUUGCAUGUUUCGUUUCGGUUUUGCUGGAUCUCUGGUUUUCUCCAUCCGUUUUAAUUAAACAGUGCAACAUCUGUUGAGAAUCUUUUGGAUACAAAUUCCGUCGAAGCGGGACAGACGGGUCUUGACAGAGAUCACUCGCAUAGGUUGAUACAAUGUACAAAUGCUGGGGAGUUUUCAUCUUGUACUAUUUUGUUUCAUUCGUGGCUACACAGCCUGAAACAGACCUCCCAUCACCAAGAAAUGUGACUUUCUCUUGGACGAAUGAGUUCUGCUGGGAGCUUUCAUGGAGUCUACAGGAGAAUGUUGAUAGUCAGACGUGUAAAUGCCAUAUCACUAUAUCACGGAUAGGCCAGAAGAACGUAAUCAAGAAGAGGAAGGGAACACAGUUACAGGAGUGUUUUCCUCUGAUGGAAGGCGUGAGCUUCUUCUUACAAACUCAGUGUGAGAACAGGACACGGAUGAGUCAAACUAUAGUUCACACCAUCCCUGCCCCCACAGAGUUGGUGAAGAACUUCAAAUGUUAUCUCUACUCCUCUAAGGCCAUGAACUGCAGCUGGCUCCUAGCCAAUCAGGCCCCAGAAGACCUCCAGCUUUACUAUGGGUCCAAUAAUGUGAGUAAGGUAUCAGAAUGCAGUGAGUACCUGUACAACACUGGUCAGAGGACAGGAUGUCAUCUGAGAGGAGACUUCGACAAACUGAUCUACUUCCAGGUCAAUGGGACUCUCAAUGGUUCAUCGGUACGGAAUACCUUCGAGGUGAAUCCUCAUGUCCAUGUGAAGCCCCUACCUCUUGAAUGGAAGAUCACAGAGGAAGGGAGCAAUCUCAAUAUUAGCUGGAUUUCACCAGACAUAAAAAAUCCACACUGUUGGGACUACGUCAUCAACUAUACCAGAUGUAAAAAGCCUAUGAGUAAUCACUUAGAAGACAAGACUUGGAUAAUGGUGAACUACGACCCUUACUGUCAGUACCGUGUCCGCAUUAAACCCAUCUUUUCGGAACGGUGUGGUAUGGGAGAGGGUGACUGGACUAAGGAGAAACUAUAUGGUAAAGAAGGGAAUCGUGAUUGGCACCUGCAUGUUGCAGCCAUCUUCAUUCCAUUCAUGGCGGUUAUAGUUGCCAUCGUGGUUUGUGUUUGUAUAAGGAAACACAAGGACAAGAUUCUCCCCAAAGUUCCCAAGCCAACCAACCUCAUCAGGGAUAUGUUCAACAACAACAAUGAGAUGAGGGCUAUGGCGAACCUCUACAUCCCAGCACAAGAGGAAGUAGACUGUAAGAUCACCCUAGUACAAGACCCUCUUCCUCAGGAGCCAGAGUCAUGAGAAACAACAUGAAUAUGCAGUGAAACUGUGGACAAGCUGAUAGGGUCCCAGCAGACUGGGAGGACCGCAGUGUUUUAACCUUGUGUGGUGGUGGCUUUUUUUGACUCAACAUGGGACACUUUGAGGAGGUGGUUUCCUGUUACAAGGGUUUAACACUGGUAACCUGGAUCCCGGGACUGCCCCAGGAUCAUUCUUCACAUUUCCGAAAAAAAUAAAAAUGACAAGACCCAGGAAAUUACAACAUUUUCCCCCAAUGUCGCACUAAUGCAAUUCCACAAAAUACACAACAUGCACAGCAGCAGAUUGGCAAAAAAUUAAAUAGCACAUUAUCCAAACAAGUAAGCCUUUACCUUAGCCUAUUUACUUCACACAAAGUCUCCAUAAAUUCAAAGCACACACAUACUUGACACUGCCUGACUGCACACCAGACUCGAAUGCAGUUUAGAGUUAUCAUCAGAACUGAAAAUUCGAUCCCGGUCCGACCCAAGCCCGGUGAGCUGAAGCCGGAGCGCAGGCCUGGUCCAACAUCACAGAAAUUAAAUUAGCCCGAACCCUAAAAAAAACAGAAAAAGCACAGAGAGAGGAUAACUCGCCUUAGUUAUGAUCAAGUGAAUGAUGAACAUAUUGGAAUAAAGUUGGCUAAUGCAAUUGAAGGCAUUUAUCAAAUUCUUGCUUAUGCUGAAACUCCCAAAGUCAAAUCCAACCGUUAUAUUAAUUUUAAGCAAUAGUCAUGUGUGGUCACAUAGAUUAUAAUUUCAGCACCGUUCUGAUUGGGACAGCGGCAUCGCGCUGCUUUGAGACAAGCGUGGGGGACUCGUCUAGAUAAAUCAAUCAAUGUCAGAUUUUUGUUUUCACUGAAUCUCCGUUUGGAUAUUUGGUAACAAUUAGGCUGGGGAAAUGUUAGCUAAAUUGUAAAUUGCUCAUAUAACCUGUUAGCUGAUCAAGUGUAUUAUUUAUCUAUUGACUCACUAGCCUUAUAUAAAGGCUAUUUUCCUAUCGACCCAAUCCCACUGAAACCCCAAAUCCUGACUCCUGUUUCGCAUGAAAAUUCCUAACUUUAUUGUAAUCUAUAGGUUGGAUUACCAGAGCACGUCUCGCCUAUGCAUGUCAAAAUACCGCUAUAACUUGUCUCCCUCUUCUCUGCACUGUCUCAUAUUGAUGCCCUUAUGAGAGCUUUGGUAGAGAAUGUGUGAUCAACAAACAAUAUAUAUAUAUUUUUUAAACAGUUGGUCACCGAUAAGAUACUGUAGUGGAAAUUUGAGUGUCCUCUGUGUCUCUGCAAAUGCGUGACUACAUGUAGCGUGUUGUUUCCUGAUUAUUGUGUUAGGAUGUUCUGUGACUGCUCUCAGGAAGAGGGCUGAUAGAAGAAGAACAGAAAGAAGGGAACACAUUGUUACUUUGGCCCAACAUCUAGAUACUAUUUGUGCAAGGUCCUGAUCAGCCUACUGCACUCAGAGCAGAGACUAGUUUGUGUAUGAGUAUAAAGAGUGCUGAAGUGAGAGCACCCCUUCAGAACUUCUGACAGACUUGUACUUUGAGUAUUACGUUUGUUGUAACCUCUCCGGCCAAUAUCAAUAAAGAUCUGUUCAUUUAACUUUGA